AGUUGACCACUUCAAUGAUAAUAUCUUCUGUUUUGGUGGAUCAAAUUCGUGAGAAUCCAUCUAUUAAACCAAUUGAUAUUGUUAAGGAUUUCAAGCAAAAAUAUGGUCUUGAUGUCUCUUAUCGUAAGGCCUGGUUAGCAAAAGAACUGGCUAAGAGAACAGUUCAUGGUGAUGAAUCCCUCUCUUAUCGUCAAUUAGUUUGGUAUAGAGAUGCUUUGAUGACAACUAAUCCAGGGUCACACUGUAUCUUGGAGUGUGACCCCAGGACUUCCUCCUUUCAGAGAUUAUUUGUUUGCUAUGGUGCUUGCAUUGAGGGGUUUCGAUGGUGCAGACCUUUGUUGUUCAUAGAUGUAACAUUCCUGAAAAGCAAGUAUAAUGGGUACUUAAUUGGUGCUACUGGGAAAGAUGGAAAUCAAGGAACUUUCCCCUUUGCUUUUGCUAUCGUGGACUCGGAAAAUGAGGACAACUGGAGCUGGUUCUUUGAAAAUUGAUCUAUAGUUUUGACUGCACAAGGUAGGACAAUUACAUUGGUAUCUGAUUGUAACAAAAGUCUGGCAGAAUCUGUUUCAAAGAUAUUUCCAGCAUCGCAUCAUGCAUCCUGUUUGCAGUAUUUGAAACAGAACCUUAUUUCUAUAUAUUCAUCUAUCUAUGGUAAAUCUUUCGGGAAUCGAAUUGUUGAUCUUUUUUUGAAAUGUGCUUAUGCUCACAGUGAAGCGGCUUUUGAGUUUCAUUUGAGAAAUUUAAAACAUGAACGGGGGUGCUCUGUUUAUGACUUUUCUAGAAGAUCAUCCUAAGGAGUAUUGGUCAUAUGCCUAUUUUAAGGGCAAUCGAUAUGGUGAAAUGUGUAACAAAGUUUCUGGAUCGUUUAGUUCUUGGAUUUUGGAGCUGUGCACUUUGCCUAUCUGUCAAAUGGUUGAUGGCAUCAGGAUUAAGCUCAUGGCAUUCAUGGCUGAAAAACGUUGUGAAGCAGAGGAAUGGAGUUCUGUUUUUUGUCCUGAGAUGGAGAAAACCUUGAACAACAACUUGAUGGUCUGUAGGAAUUGGAAGGCUUAUCGUUCUAGUCAAUCUGUUUUUGAAGUUCAUGCUGAAUAUUCUGUGAUGGUUGAUUUGGAUAAUCGUUUCUGCUCAUGUCAUGAGUGGCAGAUAAAAGGCUUUCCCUGUGCUCAUGCACUAGUUGCUAUUCAGAAAAAUAACUGGUGCAUUUAUGAUUAUGUUGAUGAUUACUUCAAGUCAAGCUACUUUAGAAGUUCAUGUGCUACUCUUAUGUCUCCCAUACCUGACAUUAGGAAUGUGAUGCAUGAGAUCCCAGACGACGUUGUCAUCAUGCCUCCGCUUGCUAAGAGGCGUCCAGGUAGGCCAAAGAAUAAAAUGGCUGAAUCUAUUGGUCAAGUUUCAAAAGUCAGAAAUUCUAGUCGAUGUGGUGUGGUUGGAAAGCAUAAUAAGAAGUGUACUGCAAAUAUCUGAUAAUGUUUUUCAGUAUCUUAGUUGUA